CUCUUCCCAUAUUCUCUUUUGCUCCAUUUCGUUGUUGCGACGGCGGCGGCAGGCGGACCGGUGAGGCACACACUCGCCACCCCUGCCUGCCGAUGGUUUGCUCCCCUUUUUUUUCUUUUUUUUUUUUCGACUCUCGUGACCUCUUGUGCUGCCACCGAGAAGCGCCCGCUUUGUCACCAUCGGCUGGUGCCGCACGCCAGCCCUCGUUUCCUUCUUCUUUCGCACUCUGCAUUCUACGCCGUCAGAAAAGAUGGUAGCAGGAGCUAUGAGGAAAGACGUGUACGCGCAUGCCACGAACGAGCGGAUAAUGGUCUCCCGCCACCUUCCUGUCACCCUCCCCUCCCACCACUUCCGUGUCGUGGAGUCGGUGUGCCCAUCACCUGCGUUAGGAAUUGCGCGAUCGGUACGGGAGGGUGGGAGAGGAGCAGGAGUAGCGGCCAAGGCCCAGGGGAGCGAACGAACUGGAUUCAGAACGCCCGUCUCCCCUAGCCCAGGCGCGACAGCCCGCCGGAAAUUUGCGAAUGGAGCACGGCAGCCGGUGAGCUAGAUUUAUGUCUAGCGGCGCCUGCCCACCUAAACCUACCUUGUCGCGGUAGGCUAGGUGGUUGUGGAGAGCAGGCCUGCCCGGGCAGGAUGGAAAAGUUUCAGCCGGCUGGGAGAGAGAAGAAAAAAAAGAUGAAAAGGGAAGGAGGAUGUGAGAGAGGGAGGGAAAGGGCGCGCGCAGACAGGCAGGUAGGCGUGAAAGUGCCAGCCGCCCCAGAAAGAUCCGCUCCGGCAGCACCGCUAUUUUCUCGCCAGCUCCUUCCCUGUGAAGCCAUCAUGGGGCGAUGUGGAGGCCGAAAGGGAUGGAGGGUACGAAGCGGAAAAUGCAAUAGUCAUCCGUUGGCCGGCGCGCACUGCCUCACCCCUGGUCUGGCCCAGCUGGGCCUGGAAAAAAACAAAUGUGGGGGAACGAAAAAAGUCGGGACUCUUGCUGGCCUCGAAACACGCUGCCGGUAUACACCUAGCGUGGGCCGAGAACGGGCUCAGGGGGUGUGAAGAUGGCAACACCGAGGGGGUGGUGGCAGCAACGACGAGAAAAAAAAAAAGUUCAGCACCAGACAAAGUAUCAGGGGGUUUUGGGAGGAAGGCGAUGGCCGAAGGAUAAAAGAGAGAUGCGCUCCCGCCAGUUUCGAAAGGCCCGGUUGCCUAUCAGGAACCAUCAUCUUCUUCAUCAUCUUGACUCUCCCCUCUCGAGCCUUCUUCUUUGAUCUUCUUUUUGAUCCCGCAUCCUCACCCGCGGUUCCUUCUGCUCGGGCGCAUCACCAAGCCCCAGUCCAUCCCCCCAACAUGGGCGACAGCUUCACCAAGACGGCCGAGGCCGCAGACGUGGAGAAGAAGAAGGACGCCGGCGUGAUCGUCGAGGUUAGAGCCAUCUCGGACUCGGACUCGGACGUCACCCCAACACCAUCCUACCCUCCUAGCAUCCACGCCCACGACGACGCCGGCAAGCUCUCGUCGCCGUCGUCGGCCACAAUAGUCCCCAUCUCCCCCAUCUCCUAUGCCUCGUUCGCCUCCUCGUCGGCCACGCUGGCCGCCGACGACCCCCCGCCCAACGGCGGCUGGGCGGCGUGGUCGCAGGUGGUGGCCGGCGUGCUCCUCAACGCCGUCGGCUGGGGCUUCCCGGCCACGUUUGGCGUCUUCCAGGCCUUCUACGUCUCGGCGCAGGGGCUGCCGGCGUCGCAGGUGGCCUGGGUCGGCGCGGUCCAAGGCUUCCUGGCUUAUUUGCUCUGUGUCGUCUCGGGCCGGCUCUCCGACGCGGGCUACAUCCUGUCGACCGUGGCCGCCGGCACCGUCCUCGUCGCCCUCGGCACCUUCACGGCCAGCCUGGCGCAGGGCGUGUGGUGGCAGAUCUUCCUGUCCCAGGGCCUCUGCACGGGUUUGGGCCUGGGCAUGCUGACGCCACCGACGCUGGCCACCAUCAACUCGCAUUUUGACGAGUCGAAGCGAUCUCUUGCCGUGACCACGGCCACUGUGGGCACCAGCAUAGGAAGCAUAGUGUUCCCCGCGGUGGUGCAGCAUCUGAUCCCGCACAUCGGCUUCGCCUGGGCGAUGAGGGUCGCCGGAUUCGUGGCCCUAACCUUUUGCCUCUGUGCCCUCGCCCUUCUCCGCCCGCGCCGACACCAGCGCCUGGUGGAGGAGAGGAAGCAGAAGCAGGUGGGCUCCGAGCCGCUCAUCGACAUCGGAGCGCUCAGGGAGGUCCCUUUCGUCUGCUUCGUCGUCUCGUCAUUUCUCUUUUUCGUCGCACUAUACUUUGCUUUCUUCUACAUCAACAUAAUCGGAGAGGUCGUGGCGGGCAUGGCACCGACGCAGUCGGUGGCCCUUGUCAUGAUCAACUCGGCCCUCGGCAUCCCGACCCGGCCCCUGGCGGGCUUCGUGGCGUGCCGAUUCAAGCGCCUCGGUCCGGCGGGCGUGUUCGUCAUCUCGGCCGUGAUCACGGGCAUCUCGGUCCUCUGCUGGGCGGCGGCGACGGGACCCGCUGGCAUGUACGUCUUCGCCGCCGUGUUCGGUCUCGCCAACGGCGCGGCGCAGGGCAUCUGGCCCGCCGUCCUGGUGGCGCUGACGCCGGAUCCGAGCCGGGUCGGCAUGCGCUUCGGCAUGCUGUGCGCCUUUGCGGGCCUCGCGACCCUCAUCGGCCCGCCCCUGGCCGCGGCCAUCGUCGAUGCCAGCGGCGGCCGCUGGUACCUGCCCGCCCAGAUCUGGGCCGGUUCGCUGGCCGUCGUCGGUGGACUUAUCGCGUGGGGGUCCAAGACGAAGCCCAGCAGCACUCCUGUGGAGAAGAAGGUCGAGGCACUUGACGUGUAAUAUGCGUCGGCGGCGGUAAUGGGACAGAAAAAACAAAUCGGUGGUAAUGACGGAUGGGUGUCUUUAUAAAGACGGGAUGAUAAAAAGCAAGCAUGGAGUUCAAGGGUGUUAUACGGAUUGGGCUACAAGAGCUGGAACGGAUUUUGAGCAUGGUUUUGGGAUUAUUGAUGAAGCGAUCGGGAUCGGGUUUUGGGAUUAGUGUAUAAAGGGGCGUGUAUGCGGAAAGGGAAAGGGGCAGGAUCCCGCGACGACGAGACGAGCAACGGGGCGGCGGGUGACUUGGUUACAUGCCCACACACAACAAGCCAACCUAUCAAUACGGCAUAGGCAGUAAUUAGAUAAUAUCAACACCACUUGGAAAGCAGUCAAACAAACAGAGGCAGGGAAGCAGGCAUCUCUCGAUUCUAUCUGCUCCAUACACCUACCAUUUGAU